AAGUGUGUAAUUUAUGAGGUCACGAAGAAGAAGGAAACAGAACUCGAUAGCUAAGAUGGCGGAGGAAAAGCAGGAAUCCUCACAGGGAGACAUCGAGGGAGUUAAUUGCCUUGCCUAUGAUGAGGCUAUAAUUGCUCAGCAGGACAAGAUUCAGCAGGAGAUCGCAAACACUAACCCGCUGGUGUCGGACAAACAGGACCUGUCAGUGCUUCAGAAAGAAUACGCCGAGGAUGACGCAGUUUACCAACUCAAGCUCAAGGACCUAUACAAAAAGUAUGCAUACAUCCGGAAAACACGACCGGAUGGAAACUGCUUUUACAGAGCCUUUGGCUUCGCUCACCUGGAGUCCCUGCUUGAAGACAGCAAAGAACUUCAGAAGUUCAAAGCAGUUGCAGCUAAAAGCAAACAUGACCUGGUUAACGAAGGCUUCACUGAGUUUACCAUUGAGGAUUUCCACAACACAUUCAUGGACUUGAUUGAAGUAUGUGAGAAACAGCCAAGCCUGCAGGAGCUGCUGAACUCUUUCAAUGACCAGAAUAUGUCGGACUACGUUGUUGUUUACCUGCGCCUCCUUACCUCAGGCUACUUGCAGCGAGAGCACGGCUUCUUUGAACACUUUAUCGAGGGAGGACGUACCAUCAAGGAGUUCUGUCAGCAAGAAGUAGAGCCCAUGUCUAAAGAAAGUGACCACAUCCACAUCAUUGCCUUAGCCAAGGCCCUGAACGUGUCCAUUCUGGUGGAGUACAUGGACAGAGGUGAAGGAGGAACUGUCAAUCACCACGUCUUCCCUGAGGGAGGUGACCCCCGCAUCUUCCUGCUGUACAGACCCGGCCAUUACGACAUCCUGUACAAAUAACACUCCUGGACCACAUGUGAAAACGUCCUCCUCAAGCUGUGCUCCGCAGAGGUGCAUUGAACAUCAACUGCCACGUUGGUUGAAAGUUGCAUCCAAGUCUGCGAAUGUUCUCAUUUUAUUUGGAAAUAAAAAAAAAAAAAAGAAAUCACAUAAGUCUCAUCUACCCCUCUUACUUCCAAACCCCAAGGUUACCUCCCACUGUCAAUGAAAUGGUUAACAGAAAAUAGGUAGAAAAUAGAAUUGACUCCAGCCGUUUAGUUGUACAGGUUAUUUUUUUUUCUUUUGUGGUUGUAAAUGUUAUCUUCUUGCUUUGUUUGAUUCUCUUCCUUUGUUACACUGCAGUUCAUUGAGUUUUAUUAAAGCAAUUUACAUCUUG